AUGGCCAUGGAUGCUAAAGAGAUCGAGUUUCGCGGCAAGGCGAUUGGCAAGGCGGUUCAAGAAAACGAACCUAGCGCCUCUGUCCUAAAGCUACUCAACGACCUGAAGACUGGCGUUCAUGCGACCGAGGAUCUGUUGCGCCAGACAAGAAUCGGUGUUACCAUCAACCGCCUCCGCACUCACAAAGACCCCGCGGUACAAAGGCUCGCUACAGAAUUGGUCUCGAAAUGGAGGGACGAGGUCAAGAAGCAGCCGAAGAAGGGCACCCCGGCGAAAGUGGCAGCAGCGAACGGCAGCGCAUCACCUGCUCCGCCGUCAGGCACAUCAUCUCCAGCUCCAAGUCAGGCAAAGAAGAAGCACGAUGUGCCUGCCGACAAGCGCAACUACAAGACGGACAAGGUGAAGUACCAGGUCACUGGCGAAGAGCCCCGCGACAACUGCGUACGGUUGAUGUACGACGGCCUGGCCUUUAUGAGCGAAGCCCUUCCCGACGAGAUUCUCAACGUCGCGAAACAAAUCGAAGCCGCCGCCUACGCCAACGCGGGCAGCCUCAACGACGCGUACAAGGGCAAGAUACGCUCCCUCUUCCAAAACCUGAAGAGCAAGUCCAACCCCCUACUCCGCAAGCGCGUCCUCUCGGGCGAAGUCCCCGCCAAGAAGUUCGUCGUCAUGACACACGACGACAUGAAGUCAGAUGCGCGCCGUGCCGAGGACGAGAAGCUGAAUAAAGAAAACAUGAACGAGGCCAUGGUUGCGCAGGUGGAGAAGUCCGUUUCGAAGGAAUUCCAGUGCGGAAAGUGCAAGCAGAAGAUGGUGUCGUACAGCCAGGCGCAGACGAGAUCUGCCGACGAGCCCAUGACGACGUUCUGCGAGUGCAUGAACUGCGGCAAUCGGUGGAAAUUUUCCUAG